CCUUGCACCAGGAUCAUGUCUCUUCGAUUUUCCAGUGGAUCCAGGAAGUCCUACGCCCGUCCCAGCACGGGAUCACUCAGGGGAGCCAGCUUUGGCGCUGGGAAUGCUUGUGGUAUAGCAGGCAUUGGAAGUGGCUUCUCCUGCGCCUUUGGGAGCAGCUCCACAGGAGGAAACACAGGGGCAGCCAACUCCUGUGCUGGCUUCACUGUGAAUGAGGGGGGCCUUCUCUCUGGCAAUGAGAAGGUGACCAUGCAGAACCUCAAUGACCGCCUGGCCUCCUACCUGGAUAAUGUACAAGCGCUACAAGAAGCCAACGCAGACCUGGAGCAGAAGAUCAAGGGCUGGUAUGAAAAGUUUGGACCAGGCUCCUGCCGGGGUCUCGAUCAUGACUAUAGUAGAUAUUUCCCAAUCAUCGAUGAUCUUAAAAAUCAGAUCAUCACUUCCACCACCAGCAACGCCAAUGCUGUUCUGCAGAUUGACAAUGCCAGGUUGACAGCUGAUGACUUCAGACUCAAGUACGAAAAUGAGCUGGCUCUCCACCAGAGUGUAGAGGCUGAUGUCAACGGGCUGCGCAGAGUUCUGGAUGAGAUAACCCUGUGCAGGACUGACCUGGAGAUUCAAUACGAAACCCUGAGUGAGGAGCUGACUUACCUCAAGAAGAACCACAAAGAGGAAAUGCAGGCUCUGCAGUGUGCGGCCGGAGGCAACGUGAACGUGGAGAUGAACGCAGCCCCUGGCGUGGACCUCACGGUCCUGCUGAACAACAUGCGAGCUGAGUACGAGGCUCUGGCUGAGCAGAACCGCAGGGAUGCCGAGGCCUGGUUCCAGGAAAAGAGCGCUUCGCUGCAGCAGCAGAUCACCGAGGACGUGGGUGCCACCACCUCAGCCAGGAACGAACUGACCGAGAUGAAGCGCACGCUCCAAACCCUUGAAAUUGAACUUCAGUCUCUUCUAGCCACGAAACACUCGCUGGAGUGCUCCCUGACGGAGACCGAGGGCAACUACUGCACACAGCUGGCUCAGAUCCAGGCUCAGAUCAGCGCCCUGGAAGAGCAGCUGCACCAGGUCAGGACUGAGACCGAGGGCCAGAAGCUGGAAUAUGAGCAGCUGCUGAACGUCAAGGCCCACCUGGAGAAGGAGAUCGAGACCUACUGCCUCCUCAUUGGGGGAGAUGAAGGGGCUUGUAAGUCUGCCAGUUACAAAUCUAAAGAUUAUGGAUCUGGAAAUGCUGGAAAUCAAAUCAAAGAUUCAGCCAAAGCCAUUGUGGUUAAGAAAGUUCUAGAGGAGGUGGACCAGCGCAGCAAAAUACUUACCACUAGGCUCCACUCCCUGGAAGAGAAAUCUCAAAGCAAUUAACAAAGAUCAUUAGCAAAAGAAAAAAAUUAAAACCUCAGAGAAGACCAGGCAUGAAAUGCAUCUGGGAAAUGAGCAAGCCUACGAAGACUGUCUGUCCUGUUACCUUCUGUUCCUUUUUUCUUUCUG